AAAUUAGAGUGCACCUGAACAAAAAGAAUGUCAAAUAUUUCUAAACCAAAACUUCACACAUGUUGUAAGUCAACUUACAUGAAACUGAUUAAAUCAUGUAAUAAAAUAUUAUAUUAUGAACUCUAAUUGAUUGUUAUUAUACAAUAUCUGCAUUUUUGGAUUCACACAGAAACAGAUCUUCCAACCUCCAGAGAACAGACAUGAAAAUUGUUCCUAGUUUCCUUUUCUUCUAUACUUUGAUCAUCACCUUAAUAUCCCCUUCAAUUGCCUCUACCCUUAUUCAACCCAAAGCACUUGUUCUUCCUGUCACAAAAGACUCUGCCACUAGCCAAUAUGUUACAUUAAUUCACCAAAGAACACCUCUUCUUCCUAUCAAACUAACAUUAGAUCUAAGUGGUCAAUUCCUUUGGAUAAAUUGUGAAAAGGGUUAUGUCUCAUCAACAUAUCACCCUGCUCAUUGCACAACAAAACAAUGCUCAAUAACAAAAUCCAAAUUUUGUAGAAACUGUUUUUUGUCUAAACCAGGAUGCAACAAUAACACAUGUAACCUUUUUCCAAACAACAUUUUUACUCACAUAAAUGAAAUUGGUGAGGUUGCAUUAGAUGUUGUUGCAAUUCAUUCAACUAAUGGAUUAAGUCUUGGUAAGAUUGUUACUGUUAAAAACUUUUUGUUCACUUGUGGUAGAACAAAUCUCUUGAAAGGUCUUGCUAGUGGUGUCAAAGGCAUGGCAGGUUUUGGAAGGAGUGAAAUUUCAGUACCUUCACUUUUUGCAUCUGCUUUUAGUUUAAAUAAAAAGUUUUCAAUUUGUUUGAGUUCUUCAAGUGGUGUUCUGUUUUUUGGUGAUGGCCCUUUUGUUUUUCUUCCAAGGAUUGAUGUUUCCAAAUUUCUUAUCUUUACUCCACUUAUAAAAAACCCAGAUAAUUCAGCAGGUCCAAUUUUCCAUGGAAGACUUGGAGCUGAAUAUUUCAUUGGUGUGAAAGCUAUUAGAAUAAAUGAAAAGUUGAUCUCAUUGAAUACAUCAUUGUUGUCUAUAGGUGAUGAGGGUGAAGGUGGAACAAAAAUUAGUACUUUAAAUCCUUACACAAUCAUGGAAACAUCUAUAUACAAUUCUUUUGUUGAUGCAUUUGCAAAAGAACUUGAAGAUGUUCCAAAAGCAAAGGCAAUAAAGCCUUUUAAGCUAUGUUUUAAAUUGAAGGACUUGGGUGUUACAAGGGUUGGACUUGCAGUGCCAACAAUUGACUUUAUGUUACAAAAUAAGGAUGUUUUUUGGAGGAUGUUUGGAGCAAACUCUAUGGUUCAAGUUAAUAAUAAGGUUUCUUGUCUUGCAUUUUUAGAUGGAGGUGUAGAAGUAACAACUUCCAUUGUUAUUGGUGGAUAUCAAUUAGAAGACAAUUUUUUGCAAUUUGAUUUGGUUAACUCAAGACUUGGAUUCAGCUCCUCCUUGUUGUUUUUACAAACUACUUGUGCAAACUUCAACUUCACCUCAAGUAUUUAAUCAAAGGAAACUUUUUUUUUUUUUUGUUCUUUCUCAUUAUUUGUUGCGUUACAUAAAUUUGUUCCUUGAUGUUUUCCCAUCACCUUAUAUAAAUAUGUGCUAACAUUUUUUGAUAAAUAAGAUAUCAUAUUUAGAUUGA